AUGUCUUCUACACCCAGGGUUCUUUCGAUUCAGAGUCACGUUGUUCACGGAUAUGUGGGUAAUAAAAGCGCGGUGUUUCCCCUUCAAGUCUUGGGUUUUGAAGUAGAUGACAUAAAUACUGUACAAUUUUCAACACAUACUGGGUACAACCAUAUCAAGGGCACUGUUUUAAAAGAUAAUGAUUUGGAAGAAAUCAUAAAUGGGCUUGUAUUGAAUGAAGUGGACUACUACACACACUUUUUAACCGGCUACUCCAGGUCUCCGGAGUCAUUAAAACAAAUUGCCAAAAUUAUUAAGAAUUUGAGAGUAAAGAAUCCUGAUUUAGUAUAUGUAUGUGAUCCUGUCAUGGGUGACCACGGUAAGCUGUAUGUUCCCGAAUCAAUAGUGCCAGUGUAUUGUGAUGAUGUUGUCCCCCUCGCUGACAUCUUGACGCCAAAUCAGUUUGAAGCCAAGUUAUUAACUGGUCUGCCUAUGGAGAACUUGGAUGAUUCAUUAAAAGUGAUUCAGGCUCUACACGACAGAGGUGUGAAGACUGUUGUCCUGUCGAGUACAGAAUUGGGUGACGAUGAUAAUAUGAUUGGAUUGGCAAGCAAUAAGGACGAGUGCUACAAGAUAGAAAUACCAAAGGUGGACGCAAUUUUUACUGGGACAGGAGACUUAUUUGCUGCACUGUUCUUAGCUUGGUCGCACAAGACCAAGAACAACUUGAAACUGACUCUGGAGCAAACAAUAGCUACUCUACAAGCCAUUAUAAAGGACACCUACGACCGCGCAAGACAAAUUCAACCUUCAGGACGAAUUCCACCAUCUCUUAUAGAGCUUCGGUUAGUCCAAAACAAACGGACGAUAGAAGAACCGAAAAUAACUAUAACCGCCGUAGAGAUUAAGCGUCGUUGA